AUGUGGCGAUCCCCUGGCCACCAGCCGAUCGAGCUGGAGGAUGGGUGGAAGUUGAUGCAGGAUGGGAUUCAUAAGCUGGUGGGAAUCCUGGAGCGCGAGAGGACCGACCAGUUCAACGCGGAGGAGUACAUGAACCUGUACACAGUCAUUUACAACAUGUGCACCCAGAAGCCACCCUAUGACUAUUCAGAGGAACUAUACAAGCGGUAUCGUGAGUCUUUCGUUCACUACAUAAGGGAUCGGGUAAUUGAUAUGUUUGAGGAUCGGCAUGACGAGUUUUUGCUGAAGGAGCUGUACCAGAGAUGGGACAACCACAAGGUGAUGGUCCGGUGGUUGUCACGCUUCUUUAACUACUUGGACAGGUACUACGUCGGCCGACACUCUGUGGACAACCUGAAGACAGUGGGGGACUUGACAUUCAAGGAUCUUGUCUACACUGUGCUCAAAGGCAGGGCUCGGCAGGCAGUACUGGACCUUAUCCACCGGGAGCGUGAGGGAGAGUCGAUCGACAGGACGCUGAUAAAGAACAUCCUGGACAUCUACAUCACCAUGGGCAUGAACUCGAUGGAAUGCUAUGAGGGUGACUUUGAAGUCCAGCUGUUGAACACGACAGCUGAGUACUACAGUGGCAAGGCAGUGAAGUGGAUACAGGAAGAUUCGUGCCCCGAAUACAUGAUAAAGGCGGAAGAGUGCCUCAGGCAGGAGGAGGAGCGGGUGAACAACUACCUGCAUCAGACCAGCAAGUCCAAACUGCUGAAGCAAGUGGAGACAGAGCUGUUGGCAGAGCACCGGCAAGCCCUGCUGGAAAAGGAGAACUCAGGGUGUAGGUCACUGCUAAGGGAUGACAAGACUGAUGACUUAGCGCGCAUGUUCCGUUUGUUCAACCGUAUCCCCAAUGGGUUGGAGCCUGUGGCCGCGAUGUUCAAAAGCCACGUUGAGGGGGAGGGCAUGAAACUUGUGAGGGACGUCACCUUCGCUGUGGAGGAGAAAAAGGGCAAGGAGUCAGGACGGCCUUCACGCGAUACAGGGACCAGCCACGAACAGAAAUUUGUGAGGGAUGUGAUCGAGCUUCACGACAAGUACAUGCAGUAUGUGACCACAUGCUUCUCGAACAGCCCCUUGUUCCAUCGGGCACUGAAGGAUGCAUUCGAGUCCUUCUGCAAUAAAAACGUGGCAGGCAGCUCCUCUGCUGAGCUUUUUGCAAAUUUCUGUGACAACCUUCUGAAGAAGGGUGGAAGUGAGAAGCUGUCUGACGAGGCCAUUGAGGAGACCCUGGAAAAGGUUGUGAAGCUCCUGGCAUACAUCAGCGAAAAGGACCUGUAUGCUGAGUUUUACAGGAAGAAACUCGCACGGCGACUGCUGUUCGACAAGAGUGCCAGCGAUGAGCAUGAGCAGACGAUCUUGUCACGAUUAAAGCAGCAGUGUGGGGCGCAGUUCACUUCCAAGAUGGAAGGAAUGGUGACAGACCUGCAGUUAGCACGAGAGAAGCAGCGUGAGUUUGAGGAGUGGGUUGGCGAGCGUGACAAGCAGAUUGGCAUAGAGAUGGGUGUCCAGGUGCUAACCACUGGCUUUUGGCCGACCUACAAAGCCACAGAUUUGGUACUGCCAGAAGAAAUGGCCGAGGGUGUGCGUGUCUUCAAGGAGUUCUAUGAAGACACAACGAAGCACAGGCGGUUGAGCUGGAUAUACACACUUGGCACAUGCCUGAUAAAGGCAAAUUUUGAUACUCGGGUGUCAGAGCUGACGCUGUCCACGCUGCAGGCAGCUGUGCUCCUUGCGUUCAACAAUGGGGAGGAGCUAACCUACAAGGAAAUCAAAGACCGGCUGAACCUCCAGGAUGACGAUGUUGCUCGAUGCUUGCAUUCUUUGGCAUGCGCAAAGUAUAAGAUACUCAUAAAGGAGCCCGAUGACAAGAAGAUUAACAAAUCAGACAAAUUUCAGGUCAACAUCAAGUUCACAGACAGGAUGAAGAGGAUAAAGGUGCCACUGCCACCUGUGGAUGAAAAGCGAAAAGUCAUCGAGGACGUGGACAAGGAUCGGCGCUAUGCAAUCGACGCCGCUGUUGUGCGCACGAUGAAGUCGAGGAAGCGCAUGCAACACCAGCAGCUGGUGCUGGAAGUUUGCCAGCAGCUUCAGCGCAUGUUCAAGCCGGACAUACGCCUCAUCAAGAAGCGCAUCGAGGACCUCAUUGCACGCGAGUACCUGGAGCGCGACCAGGACAACAAGAACAUCUACAACUACCUGGCAUGA